AUGGUAACGAAAAAAAUGAAUAUUCGCAAAAAAAAAAUUAAUAAAAAAAAAAAAAAAAAAAAAGAAGACCUAUAUGAAUUGUACUUAAAUAUGUAUGAUGAUAUAUAUCGAAAUAGGGAAGAAAUAAGAGAAAAAGAUGAAGGUGUAGAAAUAAAAAAAAAAAUAGAUGAUAAUAAAAUAAUAGAUUUAGAAAAGGAAGUAAAAAUUCGACUUGAAGAACAGAGUAAUUUAUUAUCAAUUAAGGGUAUUGAUAGAGUUGACAUAAAACAGAAAAAAGGAAAACAUUCAAUUAUUUGUAUUCAUUAUAUAAAAAAUAUGUGUAUGAAAAAUUUAUUUUGUAACUAUUUACAUCAGUUAAUUUAUGAUAGAAUACCACCUUGUAAAAAUUAUAUAAAAUAUAAUUAUUGUGCAGACAAAAUUAGAGGAUCAUGCAUGUUUAGGCAUACAUUAGAAAAUACAAAUAUGAAUUAUUAUAACGAAAAUAAAGAAGAACAUUUAGAUGAAGCAUUAAAAUUUUUACACGAAAAAAAUAUAUGUGUAAAUUAUCUCUUAGGAUUUUGUAAUUUAGGAUAUAAUUGUAGAAAAAUACAUAAAAAUAGAAGUAUAAAAUAUCUUAACAUAAUAAAUAUAUUACCUAAAUUUUAUCUAGAUCAAAUAUUAAUUAAUAAAAAUUUAUAUACACAUUUAUAUAAAAGUCAACAAGUUUUAAAUGAUAUGAAUAAAUUAAAAGAUGCCUUAAUAGUUCUUAGUGGAGAAAAAUAUCAAGAAAAAAAUAUAUCACUAACAAAAAAUGAAAGAGAAAAUAAUACUUUAUCUGAUAUGUUCACAAAUAGUGAUAAUAAUUACAAAGACAUUAGUAAUUCUAGAAUGUUAAAUAGUGGCAUUAAUAUACAUGACGAUAAAAAUUUAAAUCGAUCUGGAAUUAUAAAUACAGCAAAUAAUUUUAACGGAAUUGGAGAUAACAUAAAUGGAGAAAAUGUAAAUAUUGGAAAUGAUGGAUAUUUUAUUAAGCAUUCUAAUAUGGUUCAUAAUAAUAAUGAAAAUAAACUACAAAAUAAUGAGACUAAUAAUAUAAAGGCUGUUGGAAAUAUACCUGAAGUUUAUAAUUUAGAUAACAGUCCAGUGAUUAGCGAUAAAAUAAAAGUUUUUGUUAUUAAAUGUAAUCAGAUUUCUCAUUUAUAUUUAUCAAUAUUAUAUGGUGUAUGGGCAACUGGUAAAAAUAACACAAGGAAAUAUGUAAACUUUUUUAAAGAAAAUUAUACAAUUAUAUUUUUAUUUUCUGUAAAUGAAAGUGGAGGAUUUCAAGGUUAUGCAAAAAUGAUAACCUUGCCAGUAAAAAAUUUAUAUGAAAAUUUAUGGGGGCCAAUUACUAAAAGGUUAGGAGGAAAUUUUCGAGUUCAAUGGAUAAAAAUUGCAAAAAUUGAUUUUGAUGUUUUUAAAAAUAUUACUAAUCCUUAUAAUGAUAAUUUACCAUUAAAAAAAAGUAGAGAUGGUACUGAGCUUCCAUUAAAUAUUGCUUCAAUUAUAUGUAACAAAAUUCAUGCAUUGCCAAAUGAGGAUUUUUUAGCUGGCACUAUUUAUGAAUACAAAAGAAGAAUUAAUCAUUCUGUAUAUUUUACAAAUUUGUAUAAAAAAAAUAUGUUAAACACUAAUACAAUGUGGGAUAGUAUUAUCUUCACCUUAAAUCAAAAAUCAGACUGUCAACAAAUUACAUUUAUUGACGGAAUUGAGCAAAAUAUUAGCUAG